GCAUGGUGAGGUGUCCAUGGCGGGGUGUCCAUGGUGAGGUGCCCAUGGUGAGGUGAGCAUGGCAGCCUGCGGCACUGACGUCACGCUCGCCCCCGCCAUGUUGCCGUGGCGACGCUCUGCACGCGGCGCGGAUGCGUCCCCAGGUUACCAUAGCGACGCCGAAGCCGUUUCCAUAGCGACGUGGCCCCGCCCCCUCGUUGAGGCGACGAUCACGUGCCCCGCUUUACGCUCUCGGCGCUCUCGCGAGAGCGGCGGGGCUGGCGCUGCAGCCAUGUCUACCGCUAUGAACUUCAGCGCCAAGAGCUUCAAACCGCGGCCGCCGGACAAGGGCGCCUUCCCGCUGGAUCACUUCGGAGAGUGCAGCGCCUUCAAGGAGCGCUUCAUGCAGUGCCUCCGCGACAGCGGCUUCGAGAGCGGCGCGUGCCGGGAGCGCGCCAUGGCGUACCUGCAGUGCCGCAUGGACAGGCAGCUCAUGGCUAACGAACCGUUGGAAAAGCUGGGAUUUAAAGAUCUGCUGGAUGAGAAGUCGGAGGCAGAAGCUGGGAAGCCGUGAUGAAGAAAGACAGCUUUACGUCUCACAGCUUUACCUCACGUACGGGAGGAGUAACUCCUGUGUAGCACCUAUUGGACCUGUAUUGCAGUAGGAAGUGGGAAGGAUCCGUUUCUUCCAAAAUAUUCUUUUUUAAAAUACGAUUGUUAAGGUGAGCCGAAGUGCUGCCUUUGUUUACUUCCCUCCUGCAGCCUGCUCUUAGAGGUCACUGUGGCACUUCACAUGGCAGAAAACAGUGGUUGCCCGAAGUGCUCUCCGUGUCUGCGAGGACAGUAAAAUCUUGCUGUAAAAAAAACAACAGCACAACAACCCUCCACCUCAAUUACAGGUUACUGUUAUGUGGGCAUUACUAAUCUGCUUGCAGCAGGUGCUUUUCAGGUGGAAAUAAAGCAAAUUUCUAUUGCUUGCAAAUUUCUAUUUAAUUUUCUUUUUUUGGGGUGAUCUCCUUCCUACCAGGCUGCUGUUCCAGCAUCAGUAGUUAUUCUGUUUUUAUUUACCAUGCCAACAUUUGACCUUUAUUUUAUCAUUUAACCAGAAGUCUUUCAUUCCAGUUGUCUUCGUUCCUCCACUUAGUGCUGCCAUGUUAUUUUUCACUUCCUUAUGGUAAAAUCAGAGGGAAGGUGGCAAUGGUAUUUAUUUGUCUUUGAAGUAAAUGUGAGUUAUUUAUAUAAA